CGGACAGGACGGAGCGCUGUGCGGACGGUUCAGCGCACUGCCCAGCGGAGCUGUCCGUCGCCGGCGGUGCUGAGCGAGUGGCGGAACCGCCGGCGCCUCGCGGAGCCCCGAUGGGGAAUGCGUCCAACACCUCAGUGUUCACCUCCACCUUAUCGGAGAGAGAAGACCUGAUUUUUGGCACUCUCUAUUUAAUCUUUGGCAUCAUGUCCCUGUCUGGGAACUCACUGCUGCUGCUGGUGGCCCACCAGAAGAGGUCCCUGCUGAAACCUGCUGAGCUCUUCAUCGUCAACCUGGCCAUCAGCGACCUGAGCAUGACGGUGACGCUCUUCCCCUUGGCCACCUCCUCCUUCUUUGCGCACAGGUGGCUCUUCGACCAGGCCGUGUGCACCCUCUACGCCUUCUGCGGGGUGCUGUUCGGGCUGAGCAGCCUGGCCAGCCUGACGGUGCUCAGCACGGUCUGCUGCCUCAAGGUCUGCUACCCGGCAUAUGGGAGCAGGUUCUCGCGGGGCCACGCCGCCGGGCUGCUGCUGGCCGUGUGGGCCUACGCGCUGGCCUUCGCCGCCGCGCCCCUGGCCCGGUGGGGCCGCUACGGCCCCGAGCCCUACGGGACAGCCUGCUGCAUCGCCUGGGAGGCCUCCAGCAGGGAGGCCACGCUCUACAUCCUCGCCCUCUUGGUCUUCUGCUACCUGCUGCCCUGCCUGCUCAUCCUGGUGUCCUACGCGCUGAUCCUGUGGACGGUGUGGGUGUCGCGGAGAGCCGUGAGGCGGCACACGUCCCCCCGGCGCGGCGCCCGCGGCCUGCGCGGCCUGCACGGCCUGCACGGCCUGCACGGCCUGCUGCUCAGGCUGAGCGUCGCCGUGUGCCUGGGGUUCCUGGCAGCCUGGACUCCCUACGCCGUGCUCGCGCUCUGGGCCCUGCUGGGGGACGCCCGCCAGGUGCCAGCGCUGGCCUUCGUGCUCUCAGCCGUCUUUGCCAAGUCCUCGACGCUCUACAACCCGCUGGUGUACCUGCUCCUCAAGCCCAACUUCCACGCGUUCCUCUCCAGGGGCAGGGUGCCCCUGCGGGCCCUGCUGUGCUGCGGCUGCUGGGGCCGCCCCGGCGCCCGCGGGAGCUGCAGCGCUGUUCUGGAGUGCUUCAGGAGCUGCCCCAGGAGCUGUGCUCCCCCCCGGCUGCCCCGCAGCUCGGCCCAGCGUGGGGCCCUGGCCGGCAGAGCCGCGGGGCAGCCGGGGCGCGGGAGGACGGUGCCGGUGAUGGUGCUGCUCGCGCCGAGCGGGUCAGGCCUGGGCACUGCCAGCGUGGCAGGGGAGGCCCUGCCCUCGGCCGUGGCCAAGGACCUGCUCUGA